AUGACGACUACCAUUGGCAUGUCGUACGACGACCUUCGCCCACAUGUUGUGCGGCCGAAGAAGUCUCUCUUCCAGAGGCUGAACGACACCCACGACCAGCUCAUCUCUCACAUGCGAUCGUUGAAGGAGGAUCCAGUACUUUCCGUCAAGCAAUCAACAGAACGCACUAGGGCAUUGUCGACAACAUCGCUCAAGCUUUCAGCAGAACGCACGAGGGCAGUAUCGACAACAUCACUCACAUCAACGCCCGAGUCAGAUCGCGAAAACUUGCAGGACGCCACUCGAACAACCGAGAUCGACCAUGAUGACCGCAUCUCAAGUGGUUUUCUGUCCCCACCAGUCUCGCCAGUCGAAGGCAGCUUCUUCCCUAUCCAGCAGUUCCUUCUGCCUAGAGACCGGAAGCCCAGCAAGGAGUUCAUUCAAGGCAUGCAAGGCUACGUGCACUGGAAACAGGCUACCUACGAGUCUACUCUCAGUCUUCCCCUCUCUCCACCACAAACACCGCAAAGCUCGUUCUCGUGGAGCUCCUCCAGAAGUACAAAGAGCGAGAUGUCAGACGAGCAGAUGGACGACUGGCUCGACCGGCCUAUGGACGCGGAAGUGCAUCGCUACCGCAAAGUUUCAGCCUCAUGGUUGGAGGGAUCGACUGGUUCAGAAGAAGAUGAGAAGAAAAUCCACGUGAUCGAAGAGCAUCCUGAUGAGGAAGACAGCGUGGCACGAGAAGAACGCCAACAUAUCGCAGCGAUGUGGCGGGAGACCUGGUGCAUGCAAGGCUCGCGAGAAGGGAGCUUCAUUGAAGAGCAACACAGCGAGGUCGCUCCAGAGGCACCGGAAGACUCUUCGCCAAAAGAGAACGGAGCGAGGGACACUCAGUCCAUGUUGCUUUCGCUACCGGACGAACUUUUGCGGUACAUCGCUCUCCAUGUGCCGAGUGAGCAUGCGAAGCCAUUUCGAUUAAGCUGCGCAAAGUUCAGCGAGCUUGUUCCAGCAUCACUGAGCUCUACCUAA